AUGGAGCUCACAUUCACACCGCUUACCGCGCUUCGACGCCACAACCCAAGCAUCAUAUCCAGGGACAGACUCAGCUCGACGUCUAGCUCCCUGUCGAGCUUUCCGUAUCCGCAAAUCCCUACUCGCCGUUCCUCUCUGUCUACGAACAUGGAAUAUGACUCAAGCGAGCAUGCGACAUCGACCAGAACCCCAUCUCUCAGCGAUAGCCUUUACAAUAUCGAUGUGGUGAAAAUUAGAGGAGAUCGUGCUGCAGCUUCCCGAGACAUCCACAAGACCGGUCUUGAUUGUGAGGAGGACCCAUUUGUCGAUCAUACACCACAAGGCCGUCUUCACCCCCGCGAUGCACGCAUAACCCGGAGUGGGUAUCGAAGAGCUCCACAAUUACUCGUUCGUUGGAGCUCUGGGUCUUAUGGUGAUGCAGAGCCGUGCAUUCAGGCGGAGUCGAGCUCGAGUUCUGAUGCAAUAGAUCCGCCCGUAGCUUCAGUCUCAAAACGGAAGCUGAGAAUGGAUAGCGCGCGGAUUUUGUCGGGCAUAACGCAUCGAAGCUCUUCUGGCUUGCUUUGUCCGCUGAAUCCGCCUAUCACAUAUGCCACAAUGAGGUCCUACACGGGUUUGCCGUGCUUCAGUUCAGACUCCAUGUCUGUAUGGGCUUCAGUGAAUGUAUCUGCUGAUGUUGAACCCAUUGCCUUGCCUGAUGACUCGAGUCUUGCACCCAUUGACAUGAUUAUACUCUUUGACAGCUUACAGCAACCCUCUGUUAGCAUUUUGACGCCAAUGGUCCUGGCAUCCUCAAUACUAGCUUCAAAUUUGGUACCGAACCGUGACAGGAUAGCUAUGGCAUGUGUUGAUGGAAGAGCGCGAAAUGGAUUCGAGUUGCUACUUCCGUUGGGUUUUCAUUCAUUCGAGACAUCAAGAAGUGCAUUGAAUACGUUUUCUUUCCGCCAGUUGAAGAAAAGGAAAGUCCCAUGCGCCGACGCGGGCAAUUCCAUUCGCCAGGUCUCUCAGUUGUUUUACUCUUCUUCCAGGGCGGCCUUUUGUCAUUUGGUAUUUAUUUCGGCGCAUCCGCCAGAGGGUCUAGUUAUAUCUGGCCUUGACACUGCUAUCGGUGUGCAUACCAUCUCACCUCAACUCUCCUUUCCUAUUGACACGAUGAACCAUCCACUGGGCUGGCAUAUUUUCUACGAUGCAGACUCGGACGAUCCGCGAUCGAGUGAAGUUCAUUUCAUGCGGAAGGUCUCUAAGUUCGUGCGGCAGAUUCGUACCGGCCUCUGCCCUGGAAUGAUCACAGACUUGAGACUGUUUAUUGAUCAGGGGCCCGGAUGCCACUUCGAGUCCGCAAUUGGAUCCUGUCAAUUGGCGCGGCUGCGGCCUGGAGAAACGUGGAUUCUCAAGAUGAAGGUCGAUGUACCCGUCGAGUUCUACCAAGAAGCUCAACUCACUGAGCACCCGGUGCUUGAAGAUUUGAUUCGUGAGAUCAACCGUGUUUUGAAGGCAUAUUCUACCUAUCCAACUGCCCAAGAUGUCCUUAGCGGCCGUCUUGAGUACAGGCAUUCUUUAUUUCCCACACAGCAUGACAUUUUCUUGGAAACUCAUUGCACGAUCUCUCGCACCCCAGUUGUGCCGUCUGAGGCUUCUGAACCUCAUCAGGAGAAUACGAGGCUAGUGUCGUAUGAAAUGGAUGAUGACACUUUCAGUCUCAGUUUGGGGUCUGCAAGUGACAGCAGCUCAGAUUAA